AAUCAGCGGCGAAGGAUUCGCGCGUGACGUAGAGGUAUUUAAGCCGCUUUCGCCGCGAGUUCGCCCUUUGUCAUAAUGUCGGCAGGUUAUGAAGAGAGAACUAGGGAGCGGGACAAUGGGCCCGAGGGUAUGGAGCCGGAUGGUAUCAUCGAGAGUAACUGGCAUGAGAUCGUGGACACGUUUGACGAUAUGAACCUGCGUGAGACUCUGCUCAGGGGGAUCUACGCCUAUGGUUUCGAGAAGCCUUCCGCCAUCCAGCAGAGGGCCAUCCUCCCUUGUAUCAAGGGUUAUGAUGUGAUCGCGCAGGCUCAGUCUGGAACAGGUAAAACUGCCACCUUUGCCAUUUCCAUCCUGCAGCAGCUGGACCCAGAGCUGAGGGCCACACAGGCGCUGGUUCUGGCCCCGACCCGAGAGCUGGCCCAGCAGAUCCAGAAGGUGGUGAUGGCUCUGGGGGACUACAUGGGGGCGGCGUGUCACGCCUGUAUCGGUGGUACGAACGUUCGUAACGAGGUGGCGAAGCUGCAGGCGGAGGCUCCGCACAUCGUGGUGGGAACGCCCGGCCGCGUCUUCGACAUGCUGAGCCGCAAAUUCCUCUCGUCUAAAAGUAUAAAGAUGUUUGUUCUGGACGAGGCUGAUGAGAUGCUGAGUCGCGGCUUUAAGGACCAGAUCUACGAGAUUUUCCAGAAGCUUCCCAGCAGCACGCAGGUGGUGCUGUUGUCGGCCACCAUGCCGGUGGAGGUGCUGGAGGUCACCACUAAGUUCAUGCGUGAGCCGGUGCGUAUCCUGGUGAAGAAGGAUGAGCUGACCCUGGAGGGAAUCCGUCAGUUCUACAUCAACGUGGAGAAAGAGGAGUGGAAGCUGGACACGCUGUGUGAUCUGUACGAGACGCUCACCAUCACUCAGGCUGUGAUCUUCAUCAACACUCGCCGGAAGGUGGACUGGCUCACCGAGAAGAUGCACGCCCGCGACUUCACCGUCUCCGCUCUGCAUGGAGAUAUGGACCAAAAGGAUCGUGACGUGAUCAUGAGGGAGUUUCGCUCUGGGUCCAGCAGAGUCCUCAUUACCACUGAUCUGCUGGCUAGAGGUAUUGAUGUCCAGCAGGUUUCUCUGGUCAUUAACUACGACCUGCCGACCAACCGAGAGAACUAUAUUCACAGGAUUGGAAGAGGAGGCCGUUUCGGCAGGAAGGGCGUGGCCAUCAACAUGGUGACGGAGGACGAUAAGCGUACGCUGCGCGACAUCGAGACCUUCUACAACACCACCGUGGAGGAGAUGCCCAUGAACGUGGCUGACCUCAUCUAACGAGCCAAUCAGAACACAGAACCGUCUCCGCCCUCCCCUUCAUCUAUUGGGCGACGCACAAAUCGGGGUUUCCUCAGUCUAGACUUUUUCUUCGUUAAAGUGAUACAUUUCAAUUUUACCACAAAUGUAGUCGAUUAGCGGAGAGACUUCUGUAGUUUUACUCUGAAGCUACGAUGCUAAUUUUACUGUUCCCACCAAUUAGCAUCUUCUUUACCUUCAUAACUUCUUCAUACAGUGUCAGAAUCUACUUAAGCAAUUACUGUUAGCAUCAGAGCUAAUUGGUGGGAUAUAAGCUUCUAUUGCCCCUUAGCGACAUUAGCCUUAAUGCUUGUGCUUAUUGAUGGGGUAUAUUCACUUACUCCAUUACUUAGCAUUAGCGACAUUAGCAUCGUACCUUCAUAGUAAAACCAAACAUGCACCAAAAGUCUCCAGGCUGGUUCAAGACUACAUUUGGAGUAAAGCACGGUGGAUCGAACUUCACUUUCUCAUCAAACUAUCGCUUUAAUCUGCGGCUAACUAGCGGUGAAACCCCGAUCUGUGCGAGAGCCCACCGCUUUCUCUCUCCGGGUCUCAGUUUGCAUCCUAAAGUUGACGUCCUUUCGAGUUUCAGCCCCUUCAAACUUUUUUUUUUUUCCUAAAUUGAACAUGCUAUCGUGGCUAAUGAUAAACAGAAGCAAGAUGCUAGCGGUUAGCAUUUUAGCAGUAGCAUAUGCUAACCUGCGGUAUCUUGCUUGUGUUAAAUGUUAGCAACGUUAGCUUGCGUUUUCUGACUGAGCUCUUCUUUAAAGCACUGUUUGAGCACUUAAAAUGGAUUUUAAAACCGAACAAAAUGAUUACGAUUUAUUACCGAAACCGGAAUGUAUUUUAGCUUCCGCACAGAGAAUUAUGGGUAAUAUCAUGAUCACGAUCAGCCAGAACUGGGUGAUAAAUUAAGACCAAAUAAAGUAAAGAUUUAAAUACAGAUAAAAAUAAAAUAAAAACAAAGCUUUGAUUGUGAAUGUUCAGAAAUUCCGCCGCCCCCUGGUGGUGGGAGGUCAGUUUAGGGUGCAACUCUGGUUUUCAUACAGCAGCAGAACCUAUUUAUUAUUCUUUUAUACAUGUUUGUUUCAUCGGGGGAGGAGGGGACUGUAAUAAAGCUCCAAAAUGAAUCAUCA